AUGGCUCAGCGAGGCGGUGAAGGUGUCGCGACGGCCGAUCCGGUUGUCCGUGACGUGUCGGAUUGGGAGAUUUUCUCAGACGAUUCUUCUGAUAGCGAUACUUCUGAAAACACUGUUGACUGCCUUUCACCAACCGUUCCGGCCGCACAGGCCCGACCUGCGACCGCGGGCGCAGACCCCCUUGAUCCUGGGCGCACAGGAGAAGUACGUCCCGGCAGCGACGAACGCCGGCCCACCUGGUGGCGACGCUUCACAAAAGAGCACAUUGGGCAAAAACCAGAGCAAAAACCAGACGAGGGAAAGUCUCGUAAAUGGAAGCCUAGCCGUCACGAGCACAGGGAGGAGACGAAGGAGGAACGUGAUGCGCGAAGGGCCGAGCGGCGCCGACGCGAACACCACGAUGACCCUAGGCGUUCAGAUAGGGAAGAUCGCCAAAGCCGACACAAGCGACAUCGACGACGUGAAGGAGAGGAUGAGGAUCGAGAGGCUCGACGAGCAGCACGACGACUUGCCCGACGGCUUGAGGAAGAGGAACGACAAGCAGAGGAAGAGCGCAGGGCUCGGAGAGAACGUCGGACUAUGCAAAAGGACCGAAAGACCAGGCACCGUGACUCCGAUCACUCAGACAGAGAAAGACGCCGCACCCGAGGGGAAAGUGAGAGACGGCAUCGAGGGGAGGGUGAGAGACGGGAGGGUGAGAGGCGGGAGAGGCGGGAGAGUGAGAGACGGCACCGGGGGGAGAGUGAAAGGCGACACCACAGGAGCAGCAGAGAGCCCUCACGAGCUUCACGGAGGCAUUCACGUGUGUACUCUGAGGAUGAAAGAAGACUAGCAGAGGAGCGAGAAGCACGGAGAGCAUCACGGAGGUCUUCCCGAGUGUACCUCUCCGAGGACGAAAGAAGGCAUGCAGAGGAGCGAGAAGCUCGGAGAGCGUCACGCCGGAGUCUACACAAGGAGCGAAGGGGUACUCCUGCUCCUGCAAAAGACUCUGUUCCUCCCCCAAAGAGCCCUGCUCCGGUCAAGAGCCCCUUUCCCAGAAAGAGUCCUCCUAUCCCCACAAAGAGUCCUCCCAUUCCUGUCAAGAGUCCUGUCCCCCCAAAGAGUCCUGCUCUCGCAAAGACUCCCGUUCCGGUGAAGAGUCCCGCUCCGGUAAAGAUUCCCGCUCCGGUAAAGAGUCCUGCUCCUGUGAAGAGUCCUGUUCCCGUAAAGAACGGUGAUUCGAAGCGUUCAGACAAGGAAAAACGCCAGAGCGCAGAUAAAAUCCAACUAGAAGAGGAGGCUAAGAAGCAGAAAGAGGAGAAGAAGCAACGAGAGAAAGAGGCUGCACGAGCGGCACAGAAGGCUCAGCAGGCCAAGGAAGAGAAGAAGAAACCAAACAAGCUGAUGGAAGCCCUGCGAGGUGCACGAAAGACUCCUAAACCACAACCUGAGAAGCAGGAUAAGAAGGAGGAACGUGGGCGUUCACGCAAAGAGAAAGACAACGCUACCGCUACCGCCAACCAGCCAGACGCAGCCCCCCCUACUCACACCCUCCCACCAAUGCUGAGACAGCAGAGACUGGCGCCAACUCUCGGAACGCAUAGACUUGCACCGACACUUGGACAGAGACUGCCUCCAACGCCAGAGAAUGACAAAAUGCCACCCACAGACGAAGGUGGCGUCGACUAG